CUUUGCGGUUAGCUAAACGGUAGUUCCGCCCGCUCGGGGGGUCUUAUCUUAUAAAAGCUCACCAGGCGCCCUUGACCCAUUCACCGGAAGUCCUUUCUCGAAAAUACCCUGUGCCAUCUUCAUGGGCCACUACGCUAAAAUCUCAAUUGCAACCAAGAUGCUCACCGACGGGGCACAUUCGACUUUCAUCCAGCAAAAGAGCUCAAUCGUCCCAUCCAACAGUCCCACCCAACAGCCCCAUACAACAGCCCCAUAGUUUACGCAUCAAGCGAUCGUUCCUUGUUAGAUCUCCAAGUACGUUUCCCGCCUACUCCCUCAUGUUUCCUUGGGCGUGGAAAAAGGUCGGAGAACGCGUCCGGCACUUACAGUCCCCAAAUAUAGCCAAUCCGGCCUAGACAUGUCUCGGACCGCAAGUCCGAUGUGCCUCUGCAGAAAGCAUACCCAGAUUUCCCAUAUUUUCGAUUGGAGCCCGCGUGGCCGUGAUCUGGAGUCGGUCGGAUCAUCCUGCAACGUCAAUGCGGGGAAGAGAAGAGGAUCCAUAGUGUACCGCCGCCCGGAAAGUCUAUAAAGAUGGGACUCGGAUCCAUCCAAUGUGUAGAGAGUCCAAACCCAGAGCCUUCGACAGACCCGUCAGAGCCAGAAUGGCGUUCGUUUGGGGAUUCAUUCUGCUGCUGAUGAGUCCGGGGGCCUUUGCCGCCGGACAUGUCUUUCCAGAUUGUAUCAGUGGGCCCUUGAGCAGUAAUAACGUCUGUAACGCGACAUUAUCGAUCGGUGAACGAGUCCAGGCCCUUGUUUCGGCCCUCGAGACGAAGGAGAAAUUCAAACUCCUCGGCAGCUCAUCGCCCGGUGCCGAGAGGCUGGGCCUGCCCAGCUACGAGUGGUGGCAGGAGGCAUUACACGGUGUUGCGCAUUCACCAGGUGUGAAAUUUGCGGAAUCUGGCGACUUCUCUUACGCCACAUCCUUCCCACAACCGAUUCUUCUGGGCGCCUCCUUCGAUGACGACCUCGUCGAGGCCGUUGCGACAGUCGUCAGCACCGAAGCUCGGGCGUUCAACAACUUCAACCGAUCGGGUUUAGACUACUGGACUCCUAACAUCAACCCAUAUCGCGACCCCAGAUGGGGCCGGGGUCAGGAGACGCCUGGCGAAGAUCCCUAUCACCUCAGCUCGUAUGUGAGGGCGGUAGUGAAAGGUCUUCAAGGCGGGGAGGAUCCCGAUGUGCUUAAGGUGGUGGCAACUUGCAAGCACUUUGUCGCGUAUGACAUCGAGGACUGGCACGGAAAUGAGCGUUAUGAGUUCGACGCCCGAGUAACUCCCCAGGAAUUGGCCGAGUAUUACAUGCCCCCAUUUGAGGCUUGCGCGCGAGCAAAUGUCGGGUCCAUUAUGUGCUCCUAUAACUCCCUCAACGGUGUUCCCGCCUGCUCGAGCUCUUACAUUCUGCAAGACAUUUUGAGAGAUCAUUGGAAUUGGACGCGCGAAUACCAAUACGUGGUUUCGGACUGCGAUUCUAUCCAGAACGUCUACCUGCCUCACAAGUACCGCCAGACUCGUUCGGCGUCUGCCGCUAGCUCCCUCCUCGCGGGCACAGAUCUCGACUGUGGUGAGUAUUAUGGCCUUCACCUGCCCUCUGCCUACGAGGAAGGCCUUAUUGAUGAUGAUGCACUCGACACGGCUAUCUCGCGAAUCUACGCAGGUCUUAUGAAAUUGGGUUACUUCGACCCGGGAGAGUUCAAUCCUUAUAGGUCACUGGAGUUCUCCGAUGUCUUCACUCCGGACGCAGAAGAACUCGCUCGGAAGGCCGCAGAACGAUCGAUCGUGCUGAUCAAGAAUGACGGCACUCUGCCUAUCCAAGUUCCGGUCAGCAGUAACCUAACUAUUGCCCUGAUCGGCAGUUGGGCCAACGCCACGACAGAUAUGCAAGGAAACUAUUACGGCACUGCCAAAUACUUACACUCUCCGUAUUUCGCAGCCAGCCAAAUCCCCAACGUCAACGCCAUAUACGGUGGUAUUCCGGGAGACCCCACAACCAACGGCUACCCCCAAGCUCUCGAAGCUGCCGCAGCCGCGGAUGUGGUCAUCUACGCGGACGGCCCUACGCUCAAAACCGAGGCUGAGGAAAAAGACCGUACGCUAAUCCGCUGGUCUGGGGAGCGCAUCGACAUCGUGACGCAUUUAGCCAGCCUCGGCAAGCCGUUCGUUAUUCUCCAGAUGGGCGGCCAGCUCGACGACGCUCCCUUCCUCGACAACGCCAACGUCUCGGCGAUCGUGUGGGGGGGCUACCCGGGCCAAGCGGGCGGCGACGCGCUCAUGAACAUCCUGACGGGCAGAGCCGCCCCCGCGGGGCGCCUGCCGGUGACGCAGUACCCGGCGCGCUACGUCGACGACGUGCCCAUGACGGACAUGGGCCUGCGGCCCGACGCCCGGACCGGCAACCCCGGCCGCACGUACAUGUGGUACGACCAGGCGACCGUGCCGUUCGGCUGGGGCCUCCACUACACCACCUUCGACGCGUCUAUCGCGAGAGGCGGCGACGACGACGACGAAAGGUGGGACGUCGCCGACCUCGCCGGCGCCUGCUCCGAGGAGGAAACGCGCAAGGAGCUCUGCCCGUUCCAGACGGUGGACGUGCAGGUGUCCAACACCGGAAACGCGACGUCAGACUUCGUCGUCCUCGGUUUUCUCAGCGGCGCGCACGGCCCCGAGCCGUACCCUAUCAAGCGGCUCGUCGCCUACCGUCGCCUGCACGACGUUGCCGCCGGCGAGCAGCAGGUGGCAAGCCUGGCGCUGACUCUAGGGAGCCUAGGACGUCGGGACGAGGACGGAAACCUGGUGUUGUAUCCCGGCGAGUACAGCCUGCUCGUCGAUGUGCCGACGCAGGCUACGUGGAACUUCACCCUCGUUGGCGAGCCUUUCGUGCUGGACGAGUGGCCGCAGGACCCGGGUGUCGCUCAGCAAGAUGCCGGCGUCUUUCUGCAGGCUACUCGCUAGCUAUGUAGAUAACACGAGAGAAUGAGGGGCUUUGAGACACGCGCUCGCCGCUGGACCAAGAAGUUGGGACACGGCAUCAUAAACGCAGGGUAGCACAACAGAAACCAAUCUCGCGGUACUCUCGAAGUAGCGUGUCAUGUUCUCGUAGUAUCGGCAUUUAAAUGCAACGACGCAUGUAUUAACUCGUGCGCGCCUAUACUAGCUAAGAUGCACUAAAUCGCCGAAGCCC